GUUACGGUGGUCAACGAGUGUGAGAGUCAGAAGAUCUGCUGUUGGACUUUAUGGAAACAGGAGAGAAACCAGACGAGAUGGCUGAGUGAAGCUCAGUGGGACACAGAGAUGACCUGACCAAAGACAGAGGAUCCAACAGCUUCACCAAUGUGAAAACUUUAACUAACCAAUAAAGCAAAAGGAGAACCAAAGCAACCCGAACCAAAGGAGAACAUACCAAACCGAAAACCAAGCGAGUGACAACUGAAGGAUUGAAGAUGAAGCUGGAAGCGUGUCUCGAGGACUUGAGCGAGUGGAGGGAACUGGACUUCGCCAUGAACUGCACAUAUAUUGUCCAGGACCAGGCGUGCGAGCCGAGCUUUGGGCUCCCGAAGGCCAUGACCUCCAUCCCACGAAACCUCACCUUCCAGUACAGCGCCGACAACCAGGUGACCGGUGUGUUCAGUAAAGAGUACAUCCCUCAGGGCACGAGAUUCGGACCUCUUCAAGGGGUCGUCUACACCAAAGACAAUGUGCCCCUUCAUGCCAACCGGAAGUACUUUUGGAGGAUCUACAGUGGUGGGCACUUACACCACUUCAUCGAUGGCUACGACGUCCAGCGCAGCAACUGGAUGCGGUUCGUUAACCCGGCACGCUCGGGGGCCGAACAGAACCUGGUGGCCUGUCAGAACGGCCAGGAGAUCUUCUUCUACACGCUGCGGCCCGUGGAGCCCGAGCAGGAGCUGCUGGUGUGGUACAGCCCCGAGUUCUCCCAGAGACUGUGUGGCCAGCCGGUGCAGCCCGACCGCCUCAAGCCAAAGUACAUGCCUGACAUGGACUAUCAGAAGCAGAAUGUCUACUACCCUAAACAGGCCUCAAGCCCACACAAACUUCGAAACGAGGGAGAGGAAGAAGAGGUGGACGAGAAGAUCGACGUGGAGCUCAUUGAGAGGGACACGCCUCCUGACACACCAGACGAACAGGUCGUGGACUUCAGCAAGAAGAUCCACAGAGCUGCUUCUCCACAGUUGGUGCGUUCUCCACAUCCCAACCAGAAGGAGAUGAACAUGAGCACUCACCUGUAUCCCACCCUGUCCCCGCAAGACCUCUCGCUCCACUUACAAGGCCUUUAUGGUCAUCAUCGAGAGGGUUUGAUCUCGUACCCUUCCCUGCCCUCUCCUAGACCUCUGCAAGCUCCUUAUCCACUUCUACCACAGUACAAUCCUCAUUUUUCCCGUUUGCUGUUGCCCCCGUACUCCCCUCCCUUCCCGUCCAUGUUGCCCUCGAAAGGGAGUCUCCGGUACAACGGAUUCCUGGGAAGUGAUGGCUUACCCUACCCUUCAAUUCCCCAACCUGGUCUGUUACCAGUUACCCUUCCCUAUCCCUCCCCGGUCCAUGGAGGAUUGAAGGAAAGAAUCCCGAAUACUCCCCCCGGUGCCCCGGCCACCCCCGAACUCUCCCCUCAGCAAAGCUUCCACAAGUCUCUCUCUGAAUGCGAAGAAGCCAUUAACCUCAGCCUGGCUUCACCCAGGAGCACACCCCCCCUGUCCUCGUCUUCUCCACCAACACCCGGGUACAAAUCUCUCCCAUAUCCACUCAAGAAGCAGAACGGCAAAAUCAAGUAUGAAUGCAAUGUCUGCCUCAAGACCUUCGGUCAACUGUCCAACCUCAAAGUGCACUUGAGGGUCCACAGUGGCGAGAGACCAUUCCAGUGCAACUUGUGCAAAAAGAGUUUCACCCAGCUGGCACACUUACAGAAACAUCACCUGGUCCACACGGGAGAGAAGCCACACGAAUGCCAGGUGUGCCACAAACGCUUCAGCAGCACCAGCAACCUUAAAACACACUUGCGUCUGCACUCGGGAGAGAAGCCGUAUCAGUGUAAGCUGUGUGGAGUGAAGUUUACCCAGUAUAUCCACCUCAAACUCCACCGUCGGCUUCACAGCUCCUGCGAGCGACCGCACACCUGCCAAACCUGCACCCGAGGCUUCCUCCAUGGCUUCUCCCUACACCUCCACCAGCGCUCGGGAUGCUGUCCCAACACCCGUCCCGAGAUCCCCGAGCUGGUGGAGCGAUUCGACGCCAGUCACGAGGCCGAGGCUCUUCCGGAGAACGCCGGAGACGCUCAGGUCGACACCGCCUUGGAGAAAUGGCUGGCUAGGAGUCUGGAAAACGGCGAGGGGAAGGAAGACGUGGGAUUCCUCAAGGCUUUCAGUGCUUCAGUACCUCAGGGAGAAACCAUCAUGGGCCACCAUCCCCAGGAGAGAGCCAGCGUGGUUCACUUCAACCAUCGGCACUCCAUUAAGACUGAGGAGGAGUAGAUGACCCAUCCCAGCAAGCAAUCUUUGUAUCUAAAGGACGUCUAAUAGCCGUUUAAUAGCUAAAUCGUGUCUAUAGAUUGACAUGAUAUCUUGUUGAUAAUAUUGACAUUGGUAACCAUCUCACGCGCUGCCUGGCCAAAAACUACAAUGAAUCAGGGUUGACUCUAAAUAGCACAGAACAUGUCAAAGAAACCAAACACCUUGUAAUCACUGUUGAAUUUGCUGUUUUGUAAUGUCAUCAAAUUCAAGGUUAUGAAUUUAGAAGUCUGUAAGUGUGUUACUCAUAGCCGGACUAUAUAUCGAGUCUAUAGUUAACCUAUUGACGGCUAUUGCUUGCUGAGAGUGCUCCUUCAGGUCUUCCAGAAACCCCUCAAAAAUGCGAUCUAUGCACAGGGCAUUCCCUAGUUGACCAAAAAUCCUAUCUUUCCUGGGAAAAUCAGAGAGAAGAUGCAUAAACCAAGCCAAUGAGAGCCGCACCAAACAAAUACUUGUACUUUCCAAAGACUUGAAGAAAGUGAUUGCACUUCCACCCUCUGACCUGUUGUAGAAUGAAGAUGUGAUUUAUACUGUCCUCAUCUGGUUUUCAAACCAGUCUGUCUGUGUGAGUUUGUCUUAACUUAUUAUUGUUGAGUUUUUGAGCACUGUAUCAAAUGUUUAUUUGUGUACUUUUUAUGUAUUUUUAAACAAAUAUUGGGAUUCUCAGGAAUUAUGUGUCAAUCCCACUAUGGACACUAUAUGUUACAGUCCCAAAUGGACUGGAUCUUCUCCGUCCAUUCCAAUGGUCUGUGUGCGAAUGUGUGCAGAUGGAUGUACGUGGCUAUGAUUUUACCUGGUGUUCAAUAAUUGUGAAUGUGAUCUUUUAUGAAAGUAUGUAUAAUGUAUCUUUUCAAUGGAUCAUUCACUGUAGAUUCUAAGAAUAAUAUAGCAGUUUUCUCAGAUCUUGAACUCCUUGGACAUUGGAAAGAAAACAUGCCUCACUUUUUAUUUAAUAUUCGAAAUAUUCUUUGUUUUCUUAGUUUAAUGUUACUUGGUUGUGUCUACCAAUGUUUACUGUUGUCUCUUUAAUUCAAACAAGUGUUGUUAGCACUAUGAAAAUGAUCAACUCCAUGUAGCUGAAACUGAAUUUGCCAAUCAUGAAGAUUGCAAUACUUAUUUCUUAUAGACUGCAGUACCUCAUACUAAAAAGUUAAAUUGUUAGUUUCAUAUGUUAUGCUCUUUUAAUUUAUUUGAUGUCAGCACUGGAAAAAGCAGGAACUAGAUCCAAGUGCAGACUGUUAGCUGUCACAGGGUUUAGAAAGGAGACAUUUUGUAAAGUUCUUUUGUUAUCCUAGUUUAUUUUUGACUCAGUCCAAAGGAUGUUGAUACUUUAUAUGUGAGAACUUAUUUUUUGACAAACUUUUAUAAUGUAGCGCAUUAAACAUGACUUGUCUAAGA